UCCACACUGCAUGUGGCAGACUCCCUCCCAUUACCGAGCUCUGUCUUCUACCCCCUGGCCUUCGUACCCCAUUCCAUGGCUGGUCUAGCUAACAGAGAACCCAGCUCAAACCUCCGAGAGGCCUUCCACAACUCACAACUGGUGCUAAACAAGCCACCGAUACAGGACCUGCUCCUGGAGAUUACCAACAACUGGCAGAAACCAAAUCUUUGUCUCCUACUCAGUCUCUUUUCCAAAGCAAAAGUGUGCAUUGAGAAUCUCAGUGUUUACCUCUUCCAAGGAUCUCGUCUCUCUCCUCCUCCUCCUCUUCUUCAGCUCAUCUUUGAGGAGAAAGCAAGAGGAGAGGGUUUGGGUUUGUCGGAGACAGAAGCUGGUGAUUGCGAAGCUCUGACUCCAGAGACUGCUGGCGAAGGUACAAGAGGUGAGAUGCUGAACAUCACCGACCAGCUGGUGCCUGGAAGCCCAUAUUUCUUGGAAGAUUCAUUGAGUGAAGAUGAAGAAGAGGAAGAAGAUGCUGAAGAGGGUGAGAAUGAGGGUAGUGAGCAGUGUGGCAAGGAGGUGAACGGAGAGGAAAUUGCAGUCGAGUCAGUUGAUGAAGAAGCAGAUUCGGUCAAUGAGGAAGUGUUGGAGCAACCGCUUGAAUUUCGCAGCCAGCCCUUGAGUGUUGCAGCAUCUGAGUGUGAGGAAGACCACACCUCUCCUCAUACUCCAUCCUCGAUCUCAUCGUCUUCCUCCAUGAGCUUGCCGUAUUCACUCAGCUCCAAACCCCCCACCCCUUCUCCCUUUGCCUCACCACAGUCGGAGAGGAGGCAGUGUGUAGACCUGCCAAUAUCAGCACACCGGCGAAAGCUGCUGGACCUAAUAGAGGAGCACCGAGUCGUGUGUGUGGAGGGAGAGACUGGCUGCGGCAAGUCCACUCGCGUCCCACAGUACAUUCUGGAACAUUCUCUCUCGCAGUCUCCGCCUCGGCCAUGCCAGAUCCUUGUUACCCAACCCCGCAGAAUGGCGGCUGUUAAACUCGCAGAACGUGUAGCGAACGAGAGAGGAGAGCGGGUUGGGCACACUGUCGGGUACUGUGUGGGAGGAGAUCGUACCAACUUCUCUGGAGCUGCCAUUACUUACUGCACGACUGGCUACUUUCUGCAGACCCUCGUACACAAUCCAGACACAGUCAGCAGGUACACUCACAUUAUCCUCGACGAG